AUGUCCGUAUCAAAUUCACGGAAUUUCGAUUUACCGAAUUAUAUAUACGGAUGUUGGGUGAGUGACUGGAGUCGUCUGAUACGAAGAAGCGACUUGCAUUUUUUUAAAUUGGAUCUGGCUAAGGAUACUUCCUCGUCUGAGAAACAUGCCUGGAAAAGUUGUUCUAGUGACCGGCUGUUCAAAAGGCGGGAUCGGCUUCUAUUUAUGCGAGCACUUCUAUGAGCAGGGAUGUAUCGUGUAUGCCACAUCACGCAGACUGGAGACGAUGGACGGCUUCGAGAAUCCGGUGGAAAAGCGCGUGAUGGACGUAACCAGCGAUGACGAUGUAAAACUCGUCGUACAGUCUAUUCUGGAAGAACAAGGGAAGAUCGAUAUCGUCGUGAACAAUGCUGGUGCUAUCGCAAUCGGACCGUUGCUUGAUGUGUCCUUGGAUCAGGCUAGAAAAGCCUUUGAGACCAACACGUAUUCAGUCUUGCGGGUUGUACAGGCAGUUGCACCUUCCAUGAUAGAACGCAAGCAAGGGCUGAUCGUCAACAUUGGAUCGCUUGCAGGAAACAUCGCGACUCCAUGGAAUGGAUUAUACUCUGCAACCAAGGCAGCAGCCCACGCUCUUAGUGAUGUUCUGGCCAUGGAAUGCAAACCUUUCGGUGUUAAAGUGAUGUUGGUAGCACCAGGUCAAGUUAGGACAAAUAUCACUGCUAACCAAGCAGCCACCUUGGAAUUAUCCCCCACGUCCAUCUACAAGCCUUACUUUGAUCGGGUGUACGAACGCCUGAAUGGCAGUCAAGACAAAGGAAGCAUGGAUACCGAUGAAUUUGCACGCCGUGUGGUUGCAAAAGUACUAAGUCCCAGCCCUCCAACUUACAUGACACUGGGGGGCAAGUCCCGUCUCUUCGGAUUAUUCCAAUGGUUCCCUCAUUGGCUUGUUCUUUGGAUCGUGGGAUCGAUGAUGGUGUGGAAGAAGCCUGGACCAUCUAUGUAGCCACCGUGUACCAUUUCACUUGCUAUCGAAGGGACGAACCGAUGAGCGGUUGCGGACUACAC